AUGACUUCAAGCCCGGCACGCGGUAGCUCUACCUCGUCCGGUUCGUUAUCGGGCAGGUCACUGCUGGCCAGACUGAAAUCCCCCUUACAAUCGAAGACGCGUAAUUUCGCCGAUUUCUACAUACAGCCCGACGAUCCACACCGCCAAUACGCUCCCGGAGACAUAAUCAGUGGCGCUGUAAUUAUAAAAGUCCUUAAACCAUUGCGCAUCACGCAUCUAGUCAUCUCCCUCCAUGGAUACGCUCAGGUUUUUAAAAAUCCGAACUCUCCGGGCGACGCAUAUCGGAACUACAGUACCACUGUCGGUUCGGGAAAGGGAAAGAAGGGUGGAAGCUAUUUUGGAAACGGCUUUGCAUCGUUGUUUGAAGAUGAGGCAGUUCUUUGUGGAGAGGGUAGGCUACAGGAGGGCCUCUACCACUUCAAUUUUGAGUUGGAAUUCCCCACCAAGGGGCUGCCAAGCAGCAUUGAUUUUGAGCGCGGAACGAUAUCCUACAUGUUGACAUCUACUCUAACGCGUCCGACUACGAUAUCGCCGACGACUUCAUGCGACUCGAAAGUGUAUCUCAUGGAUUCGAUCGAUAUAGCGCCUAUUCCCGAACCGAAACCACGUGUUAUUUCGUUAGAGCCUAUCAGUCGAAGGGCUCGCAAGAAACCAAGUGCUCGCAAACGUCCAGCCACAAUCACAGAGAGCUCACAGCAGGCCCCGGGUACUUCCGAUUCGGGUCGUAACGGAAGAGUUUCUGAACUCAAUGGCGUCCCGGAGGAGAGCGACGGCCCUGGUAGCCCCGCGCCGAGUGACACGAGUUUCGAAAGCCAGUUUAGCAGUGGUAACGCAUCCGGAACCGAGUACGGCAUCCGCUCGGUCAAUACUACGGUCGACGGAGGUAGUUCACAAAGUGGGAGUCGGUCUACAUUCAAGGGGAAGAUCAUUACGGCGACCAUCGACGUCCUCAAAGGAGGGUUCCUUCGCGGAGAUCAAAUACCAAUCACGAUAUCAGUUAACCAUACUAAGCAUGUCCGAAGUUUAAAGGGUAUCAUCAUCACAUUAUAUCGACAAGCAAGAGUUGACAUGCACCCUGCUCUACCCGUCCUAGCUAAUAGCAAGGGCGACAAACAGAAAUCCGAGGACUAUUAUCCCAAGUCAAGGACAGGCCUCGGCGGUUUGUCCCUUUCAUCGGCCGGAUCCAGUCAUCUAUUUCGCAAAGAUCUUUCGCAGUCUUUCGCUCCGCUUUUCGUUGAUCCGAGGACCCUGACUGCCGAAGUCAAAUGCUCUGUCCGCGUUCCCGAGGAAGCCUUUCCUACCAUAUCAAAUGUUCCAGGUGCCAUGAUCAGCUUCAAAUAUUUCAUCGAGGUCGUAGUCGACAUCCAGGGAAAGCUUACGGGUCUUGAUCGCAUGAUCUCUGCGGGUCUCGGCGGUCCUGCACCCACCGUUGGUGGACAGGUUGCGGAAGAAGCAAAAGGUGGCAUUUUCUCAACUUGGGGUGGUAAUUUUGUCGAUACUGAUGCGAUACGGCGUGAGAAGAGUGUAGUUUCAUGCAUAUUUGAAGUCAUCAUCGGCACUAAGGAUAGCGAACGCAACGGCAAGCGGAGACAACAACCCGACGCGAGUUUCGAUGUCCAGCCAGAUGUUCGCGACUUCCCAAGCGACCCCAACGGAAAUGCGGGAGCAGCUGACGGUACCGACGGUCAGGGCUACUACGGGUAUGAUCAGGAUGGGCAGUACUAUGAUUCUUACGGUUACGAUCAAAACUAUCCUUUGGGCUACUACGACAACGCCAUGUAUCCAGGGGCCGACCCGGGCCUAUUACCUUACCAGCCGGCCCCUCCACCUCCGAUGCCUCCGAACGGCGAGGGAUUUGAAUCAGGUUUGUCAGAAAAAGAACGGUUGAGGCGAGCCGAAGCUCGGCUCCUACCGUCGCAACCCCCAGUCAUUGCAGGCCCUUCUUCACCAUCCAACGUACCCACUGGGAUUGGACCUUCUGCGCCUGUGCUGCCAGAGGAGGACGAGCAACAGCCUCCCUAUUUCCCCCCUGAAGCAUCGUCAUCAUCGAUGCAGCCAUCACAAUUCGGGCCGGCCUCACCUUCUUCGCCUUAUACCCCAACUCCAACAUCAUCACAAUUUCCACUACAUACUACUUCGAUACCGAUAAUUCAAAGACGAGUCACAGAUGAUGAGUCACGGACAGUGACCAACGGUUCUACAAGAACCAUCAACGCACACCAGGUGGAUUCUCUACCGGCAGCCGCGAGUAUAGAGGGCGGGGAAACGAACGGUGCUAGGGCGACCCCAUCUCUCCAGCCACACAGUCCUGCACCAGAAUACAGUGCCUCUUCGUCCUCGCGCGUGCAUCCAACGGAUGAUAAACAAGAGUUACAAAGACGGCGACUGGAAUUAGAGCGGAGCGCACCGCCCGAUGAUAGAGAAGGAGAAGCUACAUCAUCUGCGCCGCCGGUGACUGGGACAGAAAACCAGUCGGUCGCGGCCUCUGCCCCUGUGUUGAACGAGGAAGACGAAGGCCUCGUUGGAGCCAUGCGCCCCGCAAGGACUAAUGGCAAUGGUUCACCUAGCGAGACACUGCCCGUGUAUCAACGAUGA